AUGAAUUUUAUUAUGUAUAUGGGCGUCUUCGGCCUACUAAGUGGAACCGUUAAUUCAAUAGGUGAUGAAUACAAUAUAUUAAAGAAAUUUCGAAGUAUUCCGAAUGCAAUAGACGUAUUCGACAUAGUAAAUGGAACAGACAAUUUUGAUGCUAUACAGAUAAAAGCAGAAGAUAAUAUAGCGAUACAAUUAAAGGAAUUCAAACCACCGUUAAGAAAACUUACAGUACCUUUUAAUAUACAAGCAAUUGUAAGCAUAGAUUUGGAAAGCUGUAUGACGUGUUGCGUAUUCUCAAUAGUCACAAAUCAAGCUUCGAAUUUUUCUCUAUGUUACGAUAUAAUAGGAAUAGACAAGAUCAAAAUCUACCUUCAAGGCAUUAACCACGAAAACAAAGGGAAAGCUUUGAACAACGUUGUUGAAAAUAGUUGGAAAGACAUAGUACUACGUGUUAAUGAAGAUAGUGUAAUAGUAUAUGUUGAUUGUGAAAAACUUUACGAAACGAGUACAAAGGAGAAUCAAGAUAUAAUAUUUGAAGAUGAAUCGACUCUGUAUUUGGGAAGGUUAAACGAAUUCGAUGAAACCAACUAUCAGAGUGCGAUCCAAGCUAUCAACAUAACCCCAGGAGAUAAAUCAAUAGAAGAUAUUUGCCCAAAAGAUUUAUCCGACAUAACUCUCGCAAAUUCGGGUGGACAGCACACUGACCAACCGAAGGCGGCUUUUCUAACGAAAUUUGCAGAUACUUUUUCAUCAGAUAGCGAAGAAGAAGACAGUGAUAAGGAGAAUGAAAACGGAGAUUAUAGUGAUGAAAGGAGUGGAGGAGAUACUACUGAUUCACUAGAACCCCAAGAUCUAAAAGGGCUUGAUGGAGAAAGGGGGAUGUGUCAAUGCACAGAGUCCAUUGUAUCAGAUAUACUACAAAGCUUGAUCAAAAGUACACCAGACCUACGUGGCCCUCGUGGAGAAGAUGGUUCUACGGGGAGACCUGGCCUAACGGGUUUGCCUGGAGUACAAGGUGAAAGUGGACCAAUUGGACCCCAAGGGCUAAAAGGUGAAGCGGGGAUACCUGGUUUACCUGGAGGGGACGGUUUGACAGGCGCAAAAGGAGAACCAGGAAAAGAUGGAGUCGCAGGUCCGCCGGGUCCGCCGGGAGAAUGUGUCACAGUUGAGAAGAAAACAGAAGACACAAAAGGUGAUUUAGGACCCAUGGGACCACCAGGGACUCCUGGUCAUGAUGGUACUAAAGGAGACAAGGGCGAUAAAGGAGACCAGGGAAUUAAAGGUGACAGAGGAGAUGAAGUGACAAAGAUUAUCACUUAUAAGGGUGCUGAUGGAAGACCUGGAGCUCAAGGUGACAAAGGAGCGCCUGGAGAACCAGGAUUAAAUGGACUACCGGGAACACCAGGAGCGCAUGGAAGGCCAGGGACGGAUGGUCAAAAAGGUGAAAAAGGUGACAGAGGCGAUAUAGGUCUACCAGGUCUUCCAGCGAAAUUGACAUCGAUUUUAGACACAACUAUAGACCCUGAAGAAACUUCAGCUGUGGUAGAAAAACUGAGAGGACUUACGGGUGAUAAAGGUGCGACAGGUCCAAAGGGAGAAAAAGGUGAACUAGGGUUCAUAGGAUUACAAGGCCCUCCGGGUAAGGAUGGCAGUGAUGGAACACCUGGCGAAAAGGGACAUCGGGGACAUACAGGAGAAGCCGGACCUGUAGGACCAAAAGGUGAUAGAGGUGAACCUGGUCAGCCAGGCGCACCGGGAAACGUACCUGAGGCUGCCAUCAGCUUACUUAAAGGGGCGAAAGGAGAUAGAGGAGCCCCGGGAAAAACAGGAGAUCGUGGACAUACUGGUCAUCCAGGGAAGAGAGGUCCCGUUGGCCCACCCGGGCCGAAAGGCUCAUCAGGUGACAGAGGUCCAACUGGUUUCAAAGGUGAAAAAGGAGAUAGAGGAACAGAUGGUAGAACUGGACCGAAAGGGGAAAAAGGUGAAAUACCUUUUAUAGACUACAAAAAGUUAAAAGGUGAUAAGGGCGAUCGGGGUGGAGAUGGAAUGCCAGGUGAAGAUGGAAGGACAGGAGACCCUGGAACGUGUGACGCCACUACUUGUGUUUCAUAUCCAGGCCCACCAGGGCCUCCAGGUCCCCCCCGGAACUCCUGGAGUUUCUCUCACUGGUCCAAAGGGGGAACCUGGUGGUAUUGUUUUUCAGAACGGGUUUGGGCAAACAGGGAAGUUAUUCGACGAUACUGA